GAAGACAGUGUGUGUGUGCGUGUGAGAGAAAGAGAGAGGGGGAGAGAGAGACAGAGAGAAGAAGAGAGAGAGACAGAGAGUGAGCAGAGAGGAACCGUUGGAGAGUCCGUUUUUUCUGUUAAUAUAUGAAGGUAAAACCAUGGUGUCUGACCAAGAGAUAGCCAAAGGUGUUGAGACUGUGCUCCGUCAAUCCGACCCUAACGCCGUUACGUCACUCAACGGCGUCGUUCAGCAGCUGGAGGCGAAGCUAGGGUUGAACCUGUCCCACAAGGCCGGCUUCAUCAGAGACCAGAUCAACCUUCUUCUCCGAUCACACCCACUACCUCAGCCACCAAAAGACCAUUUUGCCCUCCAACACCAUCCUCAGUUCCACAACACCCACAACACCCACCACCCCCAAUUCCCUCCCCAUUUUGCCCUUCAGCACCACCACUUUCAUCACCAUCCACGGUCGGAGGAACUCAACUUCCACAACCCUCUGACACCGCAAACACCGACGCCGCCUACACAUCUACAGCAGCCGUUGCAGUUCCAGGCACAACCUCCGCAGGUGACGAAAGCAGAACCAAAUGUUCAGAAUGCGGCCUCUAAUGCCUCCGCAAUGCGAAAAGAAAGCACUCCAGCUGGAACCAAAAGAAGAGGCGGACCAGGGGGGCUAAACAAAGUUUGUCGUGUUUCAACUGAACUUCAGGCCAUUGUUGGUGAGCCAGCCCUGCCAAGGACCGAGAUUGUGAAGCAGCUAUGGGUGUACAUUAGGAAAAACAACCUUCAGGAUCCAAGUAACAAGAGAAAGAUAAUAUGUGAUGAUGCAUUGCGUAUAGUCUUUGAAACAGACUGCACCGACAUGUUUAAGAUGAAUAAGCUGCUUGCUAAACAUAUUACCCCACUUGAACCUUCAAAAGAAUCAGGUCAAGCUAAACGAUUGAAGGUUGAUGUCGAAUCUGCAACUGGUAGUACUGAACCUAGUCCAGCUCCUGUGGUAAUAUCUGAAGCACUUACCAAAUUUUUUGGUACUGGAGAAAGGGUGAUGAAUCAGUUAGAGGCCUUGCAACGUGUAAGGGAGUACAUAAAGGUCAAUAGUUUGGAGGAUCCUAUGAAUUCGAUGGUGAUAAAUUGUGAUGCAAAGCUUCAGGAGCUUCUUGGAUGUGAAAGCAUUUCUGCAUUGGGAAUAUCUGAGAUGUUGGCACGCCAUCAUUUAUUCAAGCAAUAAUGUGUUACAAUCUAUGUGCGCUGGUGGUGGGCAGCGCUAUCACCAUCAAGUUGUUUGUUAUGGUAGAUCAGAUACCAAAUGAAGAUUUAAUUAUUUUCAGGUUAUCCUUUUGUUUUCUUUGUUCAUUGACAUGGGUUAGUUGUUAUUAUUUUACAACUUGUUUUUAAUUAUUAGAAUGAAAAUGUAACCCGGGCUAGUGGCGAGAAUGUGUUGUAAUUACGCCAGGGCUUGCUUUAGGUUUUAUUGUCCAACUUUAUGCCUAACCUCCUUAGAAUGGAUACAAGGAUAAUUUGGUUGA